AUGCCUCGAUCAACAUAUGCUCACCGUUGUUGUUUCUGGUGUUUGAGUAGGUUUGAUGUCGUUGAAGCCCUCUCCCGUAAGAACAAAGAUCGCAGGCAGGGUGGUAGUCCUGUCACUGCUACAUCCACUAGUGGCGCACAGAUCGAUCAAGCGAACCAAGGUGCACCGUCUCCGUCACAAACAGGUACCAGUGUAAAUGUACAUGGCACUCAACAACGCUCCAGGCCAACAUCAGGCUUAGAUCAUGUGCUAAACGCUGUGACGCAUGAGCAGAGCAAUGAAACCCUAGACGACAAUGGACUGGUGGAUUUCUACCGGCAUGGCAUCCACUCGCAAACAUGGUCGCUUUUCGACAAACCCUCUGAUGCUCGAAUGUGCUACAUUGGCACAUCGCUGUCGAAUCUGUCCCAUCUGGUCAGCGUCGAGAAGUGUGGUAAUGGUAGUGCGUUGCACUAUCCUACCCCUCAGAUCCGUCGCAUAGUCUCAUGGAAGCCGGGGGCCGACCUCCCCGGGCUUCAAGUGCGGAGCGACCUCACGCAUGACUUGACUUUGUUCCCGGCACAAGAUGUGCGUGACGCCUUAGUCGACGCCUUCUUCACGGACAUUAAUCCUGGUUUUCCCGUGAUCGACGAGAGUGAGUUCCGUGCGGCCUACAGUGAUAAAGAGUCCCCUCCCCCACUCUUACUGUACCAAGCUGUCCUACUAGGCGGCGCACGCGUCUGCCAGCACCCUAAGGUAGUAGAGUCUCGGUCCUUCGUUAAAGCAGUUCUCUACCACCGAGCUAAAACUCUGUGGGAUAUACGUUUCGAGAAUGAUAGAGUGACUCUAGUUCAGGCGGCGCUAAUCUUCUCGUGGCAUGUAGAGACUGCAGAUAAUGUCAGCAUGGGGAGCUACUACUGGAUCUCGGUGGCUUGUGGGAUAGCAUAUGGGUUGGGAAUGCAUCGAAAUCUGACACAGUCCUCGUCCACAGUCAUGCCGCAGCCUGCCAGACACCUGUUCCGGCGGUUGUGGUGGACACUAUUCCAGUCAGCUGUUGCCACCGCACUGGAGCAUGGAAGACCAUUGUUGAUUCAGAUGAAAGAGACUGACCAACCACCCCUGUCGGAAGCAGAUCUCGUUGAAAGCAACGGGUACGUGAACAGGAACAUCCACCUGGAGUACUGUGUUCAUAACAGUACGCUCUGUGAAAUAAUUGCCGACAUCAUAAACAUGCAUUCUCCUGGCUCGCUGCAAGAGAACAGUCUCGCGGAAAGGGCCGCUAUGGACUGUCGACUGGCUGCCUGGCUGAUUGCUCUUCCGUCCACGCGUGACUUCUACAUGUUGCAACUACGUCUGCAUUACAACACGGCUCUCCUUCAUCUUCAUCGCACAACAAUACAGAUGGCCACCACGCCAGAUUCCGCCUACUCGACCAAGCUCUGUGGUACGGCCACCGACUCGAUUGUGAGUAUCUUUGGGUCGAUGAUCCAAGCACAAGCCAUUCGUAAAUGUUACAUUACCAGUUUGACGGCUGUGAUCGCAGCGGCGAUUCACGCGACGCGCGAAAUGCACCUCGCGAUCCAGCACCACAUCACGUUACUUGCUCUGCAAUCUCAGUCUCAGCUCGAAGCCCUGUUUCCCAUCAUGAGAGAAUUGGCUCAGCCCUGGCCAACAGUAAAGGCCAUUCUCAAACUUUUUCAACAUAUCUUGGAGCGAUCUAAAACAGCAAUGAUGGCGCAGUCCGUCAACAAUGUCUCAAAUCUCGAUACGCUACUCACCCCAGACAUGGAAUGCCCACCAAUGGAUUGGGAUUUGAUUUUCUCCGCCCUACAUUCAGACGAUUCCCUUGAGCAUACUGAGCAGGACUGGUCUAACGUUGCUUCUUGGAUACGGAAUUAA